CUCAGGGUCACAUGAUCAGAUAGUGAGGGCUAUGCUCUCUGCGUGAGCUGCAGCCGAUGUGUCUGGAUCCGGAUUAUACAGUGUUACAAGGAUCCAAAGUCUCCUCAUAAUGGUCCUUUCCUUGACCAAUCCAUUGGAUAAGAGCAGAAAGAAGAUGUCCAAGAGUAUAUUAAACCUCACACUGGAGAUAAUCUACCUACUGACUGGAGAGGAUUACACAUUAGUGAAGAACACAUCUCUAUCUGGUGAACGUGCCAGAUCCAAUUGCCUUCCCUAUGUGUCAGUAGAAUGGAGCAGGAGCCAAAGCCCAAUUUUAAUGACUGCAAAUGAUCCCCUCAUGCACAUGAAGAACAAUGAGCAGAAGAUCCUAGAACUCACCAACAAGAUCAUUGAACUGCUGACUGGAGAGGUUACUAUAAGGUGUCAGGAUGUUGCUGUCUAUUUAUCUAUGGAAGAGCUGCAGUAUUUAGAAGAACACAAGAAUCUGUACAAGGACAUAAUGGUGGAGAAUCACCAGACCAUCAUGUCACCAGUUGGAUCUAAUAAGAAAAAUACAAAAACAGAGAGAUGUCCCAGUCCUCUAUAUUCGCAAGAUUGUCUGAAGAAAAAUUAUGUGGCACUAGAUCACCAAGUAGAGGAUGAAGAUCUGAAUAGUAUUAAGGUCGAAGUUAUAGAAGGAGAAGAAGACCUUUAUAUGAAGGAAGAGGAGAUUACUGUAGAUAUCUGCCCAGGCAAGUAAUCAUCACUUAGUAUAGACCUGUCCAAUUUCAUAUAAUUGGUCAUCUGAUUGCAUGUAAGACUGACUUACAGAGGCAUCUCAGCUAUAGAUACAUCACAUCAGCAAGUAAUUUUAUCUAACUGCAUGCAGACCAUUUGCACAUAAUUUAAAAAACCGGAAACUCCUUUAAUUCUUUUACUUUUCCCCGGCACCUCCCCAACAGCACUGACAGGAGGGUCUCCCCGCCCCUUGGACAGGAAACAACACUGGGGUUCCAGAUUAAAAAGGCCUCCUCUCCUUACCUAAGCCAGUGUUGUUUCCUGUGCACGGACAGCACGGAUGCUCCUGCUAGGACUAGGAAGACUACCGCACGGCCUUACUGUUUCCCCAGGAUUGGGAGGGCCGCUG